AUGUACUCCACUUUCUCCGCCAACUUCGACACCACGAUUGACAUCUCCCGUGAGAGGUCAGCGUCAGCCACGCCUGUCAAAGCUCCACGUCCUAAGCGUAACCAGGUCGCUCGGGCAUGUGACUGGUGUCGGCUCAAUCGCGUGAGAUGCGAUGACAAGCAACCCUGUCAGAACUGCUUGAAUCGAGGUGGUCAUUGCAGUAACACAAAACCACAGGAGGCUACCUCGCUCCCGGCUGCGAACCGGGAGAUACAGCGGUUACGAAAUAAAGUCAAGGACCUUCAGGAGCAGAUCGCAAAACUUAAAGAUGAAGCAGAAAUUCAAGCACAGGCCGGUUGCGUGACACCGCCGUCAUCAGAUGCCGCCCACAGCUCGGUCGACUUUGGGGAGCUUGUCAAUACCACGGAAGGAUGGCAAGGCCUCCAAGAGACAGGGCAGAUUUACUACGGACCCUUGUCGUCCUCAUAUUUUGUCACCCGACUCACUCGCUAUCUCUCUCAAGCGCUCAAUCAGCCAAUUGACAAUGCGAAGCUGGAGGCAUGCAUGGCACGCUUUCAUUAUAAUCCCCCGAGCCAUCAACCGUCUCGAUGGGAUACAAGCCCCGCCAGCCAGACGGAUCAGCAUCCGGACGGAAACGAGGAGGCCGAGGACUUGACCCGGUCACAAGAGGAACACUUUCUCAAUCUGCUCUGGCAGUCCUUUCAUUGUGUCUAUCCUGUCCUUUCCGAAGUUAAAUUCCAGCAAUAUUACGACUCAUUGUGGUCCAAUCUAACGCCGGAUGGUAUUUCUACCCGGAAGCAAUCCGCCUUGGUCGAUGUAUUGUUGGCAGUGUGUAUGCACUACAGCAGCACCUUCUUCGCCGGUGAAGACAAUCAGCAGGAGGAUUCGGAGGCUGGAUGGCGGGCCAAAAACGCGAAUCUCGCUAGUCGAGCUUACUAUCAGAGGGCCCAAAGGCUCCUGCAGAGUGAGCUCGAAAAUCCAGGCAUCGUGGUGGUGCAGAGUCACAUCUAUUCGAUUAUCUAUCUGUACAACACCUCCCUACUGAACAUGGCGCAUAUUAACUUGGGUGCCACGCUGCGAAUCGCCCACGCGCUGCGACUGCACGUCCGCCCGCCAGACAACAUCUCCUCCGCGCAGCAGGAGCUACACCGCCGAAUUUGGUGGACACUCUAUCGAAUCGAUAGCCAACUCUCGAUGACCUUGGGCAGGCCGCCACUUAUUCAGCUGCCCCAUGUCAGCUGCGGGCUUCCUGGAGAUACUGGCGAGCACGCAAAAUUAUCUGGCACAGUCCUCCUCUCAAACGAUGAGGAUAUCAGUUGGCUCAGCUUCCAUGUCCAAUGCACAAAGCUCACAUUUCUUGUGCAGGGCGUGCAGGCGGCAUUUCAGCGAAAAUGUUCCCAGUCGCUGAAUGGGGAUAAGGCCAAGGAUAUUUAUGAUGACCCACGCCUCCUCGAGACCUUGGCCGAGUUUCUCGGAAGGGAGAUGACGGUCAUUCAUGACUGGGUUCAAAAUGUGCCGCAGUCCCUAUGUAAUGCUCGAAAGGGCGUGGGGGAGCCUUUCUCCACCAAUCGCGCCGCGCUCAACCUGUCCCUGUAUAGCCCGCUCUGGCUUCAGCGCCAACGCCUCCUGCUGGAGCUCCACUAUCACCACCUUCUGAUCUCGACGCUGCGUCCCUUCAUGCGAUUCCCUCCCGUGAGCUCCUCCAUGACCCCGCUCACUGACGGUUACAAUAUCUCCUGCCUGAACCACGCCAUGGCGAUCACCAGUAUCCUAAACCAAGUGCUGUCCGAGACGGAUCUCUUGCGCGGCUGGUCGCCCAUCUUCCAGUACCAGUGGGAUUCCAUUCUGUGCACCCUGGGAUUUGUGCUCGCAAAUGCCCUCUGUCCCCCAACCUCUUCCGCCCACAAGUCGCUGCAGACAGCGAUUAGCACGCUAGAACUCGUGAGUGAUCACUUCUUGGCAGCCAAAAACGCGGCUCAGGUCGUCCGCGAAGUCAGUUGCCAGGCGGAUCGGCUCAUUGACCACCAACAAGGUCUAUCACGGCGACAAGAGCCACGUGGCAGCCAAUCCUUAACUACUAUGCCCUCGGCUACGUCAGCCGACAUAGUCGCCAGUACUGAAGCCCAAUGGAUGCAUGCGAGUGCGAUGAUGCUAGACUCUUGGACUACCAACCCGUGA